GUCUCGUCUCUCUUCUAUUUCAGCUUUCCUCAAACGAAAUCAAAGGCUCCAUUUUUAGGCUUCCUUCUCCUCCUUCAGGACUGUCACUACUUGCAAAGCUUGAACACCAUGGGCGACAAGAAGAAGAAGGCCACGAUUUUCAUUCGACUUGUCUCAGCUGCUGGAACUGGUUUUUUCUACGUCAAGAAGAAGCCUGCUAGGAUGGUGGAGAAGCUUGAGUUCCGAAAAUUUGACCCUCGGGUGAAUCGUCACGUUCUGUUUACAGAGGCAAAAAUGAAAUGAGCAACGUGUCUAUGGAUGAUGUAUUCAUUAUAGUCCUCUGUUUUGUCUCUUGUGACAGUUUGCACUAAAUUUUAACUUACAGCUUACAGUUUUUAGAAGUGCUAUCUAUUUGAUGAUGGAAAAUUUUCUCAAUCUAGCCAUAAUUUACUGAGUUGAAAUUUCUUA